AGGGCCGAGGGUGGGGAGCUUGGAGGAGAGAGCACGACCACCUGCUGCUGCUGCAGGAUGUUGCCCUUGAUUCUAGGCAGAGACAGGAGGCAUCAGACAGCUGUGACAGCCAUGGAGCUCCCCUACCACUUCUGAGCCAGAGGGAAGACUUUGGAGAAGCAGAAGCCCAAAGACACUGCUGGGAGAUUGGUUUGUGCUCUGGGAGAACCCUAGGUUGUGUUUCCCGUGUACAAGCCACCGAUCUUGUGGAAGGUACCACCACUCCCAGCCCCGCUUGGCUGAGGGCUGCGGGCCACGGGUUUUCAGGACCGUGCCUGUGGAUGGAGGCUGUGGACUCAAGUGCGGCUGGCCCGGGACUUUCACAGGGCGCAGGGCGGGCUAGGGGAAGGCCCAGCUGUGAACUGAUAAGGGGGUUUUACAGUCUAAGCCAGCACUUCUUCCCCUUUCACAGGCAAACGUGACAUUCUUUUUCAGCACCUGUACUCACCCAGCUGCAUCAAGGCGGACCAGACUUGUCCAACUCACAGCCCCAAAAGUCAGGGGAGAAUAAAGCACAGUGGCUGAUUUUAGCAUUUUUAAAAUAGAAAUGUGAGUCAGCACCUGAUGGACCUCACAGAUCCCUGCUAUGCCACGAGGGCUGCUGACUGGCCUUAAAAGCUCAGGGUGGCCCGGGGAGCUCUCAGAGCAGGCCUGCUUCUCACAGCUGAGCCGCUCAGUGCUGGGGGCUGGUGUUGAGUGGGUGGGAACCAGCCAGGUUCCCCGUGGAGUCUGUGCAGGAGGCUCUGGAGGGUCUGGGGUAGAUUCCCUGGGGAGAGACUUCUGUCAUUUGCUUUCCUCCAAGGCAGCCUCAGGGUCUAGCCGGCAAGUGGUCACUUUCCUACAGAAACAUGCUAUCCUCCUGUUCUAUCAGAUAAGGAGUGCAGAAUGAAGAGGUUGGGUGGAACCCUGGCCUUGGAGUCUGGAGACUAGGAUUUUACUCUUGACAAAGCACAUUAUAUAGAUAGGGAUAUUGUCCUCCAAUUUUCCUUUCACUUCCUUAAUUAAUAUUGUUAUCAAUACUAUUAUUGAUGUAUUGAACUCCUGCCAUCUUCCAGGCACUGUGCUGAACACUUCACCAAACACUAGUGCAUUAAGUCCUCACAACUCUAUGAAAGAGGUACUCUUAUUCCUAUAUGCACAUGGGGAAACUGAGCUUUCAGGAGGUUGAGAAAGUUUUCCAAGGUCACCAAACAGGAUGACUUUGGACCCAGUCUGUUAAUCAUCCCCCUCGAGAGCACCAUUGAUCAAAAUGGACUUGACCAUAUUCCUCUUUGGACUGGUUACUUAGGAAAAAACAGAAAAAUUAUUUAACAAUUGUUUAAAACCAACUCUAAGUUUCUUUGGCUAUCUCAUUAUAUAAGAGAGGUCUCACCUCUUUGGCUCCCACCCAGCUCCACUAUGGAAACACAGGCUGUAAAUUUUUAUAGCCCAAAUCCUAGUGUCCACCACUUUCUGUGCUCUAGUCCCACUAGAUGCUCUUGGCCCUGCCACUCCUGGCUCCCCGGCCUUAGUGAGUUUGGGAAACAUCCCUCCAGUUCAACCUUGGCACCUUCCCUUGGACACACAUUAGGUAUUAUUUCUCCUUCACCUGAAGGCUUUGUAGCUAUUGAAAGGCAAGGCAUCUCUUGAUGUGAGCCUUGAAGGACAGGUUGCAUUGGGUAGGCAGAGAGAUGCUGGUAAGGCGUAUAUUGUCUAAGGGUCUGGAGGUGGGGUAUAAGGGGUAUACAAGUCAUAGAGUUGGGGAUAGGCAGAACCCAGAGAGGGGAGAAAACUGGCCUGAGAUAGAAGACCUUGCAAGGGAGAAGGAGGGUAGGAGCCUGGAUGGUGUGAAAUGCUAGAGGUGCAUGGCUGGAAUGGAGGGGGCGGGGCACCAGGCUUCAGAUGCUUCUGGGUGCAGAUGCAGAUUUUCAGGAUGUACAACAUGGAGCAUCCCCAAGGCAACUGUGUUGAGAGCCUGCGAGGCAGGUGAAUGUGGAUCCUCUACCCCCUCUCCUGACUGAGUUCACCAAGGAACAAGCUUUGUAAACUAUUUGAGGGUAGGGGCUGUGAUUAUUUACUCUCAUAUCCUCAGAACCUGGUGUUGAGGUUGGUGCUUUGUAGGCACUCAGGGACUUUCAAAUGAAUGAAGGGAGGGAGGGAGGAAAGAAGGAUGGGUCCAUAGUAGGACCUGGUGAUAGGCUGGGAGCUCCAGGCAAAUGUCAACCAAUCCCUCUCCUGGGUCAGCUCCCAGGGGCUCACCCUUCUUUGCAUUUCCAGCUCUCAUGAGGUCAUUGUGCACAGGAAAGCUCUCUCCUCUAAUCUCCUCUGAUCCUACUGCACCAGAGAAAUCAAGCCAGAAUUCAACAAAGUCUCAGUCCAGAUAAACAAGACAAAAGAAAUAAGAUUUGAGUAGAAGAUCUCCUUCAAGGGAAAGUUGCUGUGUUUGUCCAAGACCUUUGUCCCAUCCAUGUAUCAUCUCCCAAGUAAACACUUCUUGUUCACCUGUUCAUUAGAUUUCAAGUGCAGUCCCUGGCCUGUAAGUCCCUACAAUGAUAAGUUUCUCUUAUCAUUGCACAUUCUUCAUCAGGAGGAUGCCAGAGGAGCUCAGCCAACAGUUCCUCAUCAGUAGCAGAUUCUUCAGAAUCUUGGGCACUACACAGAUGCCCUUGAGGUCUUUGAAUAAAGGCUGAUUUUUAGAAAAUACAUUAAGACGGAACUUAAAAACAAUAGAUUGACUAAUUAUAAUCCAAAGACGAGUGUGCCUCUAACCACAAUUUUCAUUUAUUUUUAAAUGUUUCCUUCAUGGCCUUUCUUGUGGCUCACCCUAUGCAGUUUGUGUAUUUGUUGACAACUCUAUGUGUUUUUAAUAUGGUUUUUGCCAAACUUGGUUUUUCCGAGACCGUCUUUUCUCAGAGGCUCAGUUUUACCGUCCUAUCUGCAGUCGGCUACUUUCGGUGGCAGAAGAGGCCACAUCUGCUUCCUGUAGGCCCUCUGGGCAGAAGCAUGCGGUGGUGUCUCCUCCUGAUCUGGGCCCAGGGGCUGAGGCAGGCUCCCCUCGCCUCAGGAAUGAUGACAGGCACAAUAGAAACAAUGGGGAACAUUUCUGCAGAGAAAGGUGGCUCUAUCAUCUUACAAUGUCACCUCUCCUCCACCACGGCACAAGUGACCCAGGUCAACUGGCAGCAGCAGGACCAGCUUCUGGCCGUUUGUAAUGCUGACUUGGGGUGGCACAUCUCCCCAUCCUUCAAGGAUCGAGUGGCCCCAGGCCCUGGCCUGGGCCUCACCCUCCAGUCGCUGACCACGAACGAUACAGGGGAGUACUUCUGCAUCUAUCACACCUACCCUGAUGGGACUUACACUGGGAGAAUCUUCCUGGAGGUCCUAGAAAGCUCAGUGGCUGAGCACAGUGCCAGGUUCCAGAUUCCAUUGCUUGGAACCAUGGCCGCGACGCUGGUGGUCAUCUGCACAGCAGUCAUCGUGGUGGUCGCGUUGGCUAGAAAGAAGAAAGCCCUCAGAAUCCGUUCUGUGGAAGGUGACCUCAGGAGAAAAUCAGCUGGACAGGAGGAAUGGAGCCCCAGUGCUCCCUCACCCCCAGGAAGCUGUGUCCAGGCAGAAGCUGCACCUGCUGGGCUCUGUGGAGAGCAGUGGGGAGAGGACUGUGCCGAGCUGCAUGACUACUUCAAUGUCCUGAGUUACAGAAGCCUGGGUAACUGCAGCUUCUUCACAGAGACUGGUUAGCAACCAGAGGCAUCUUCUGGAAGAUACACUUUUGUCUUUGCUAUUAUAGAUGAAUAUAUAAGCAGCUGUACUCUCCAUCAGUGCUGCGUGUGUGUGUGUGUGUGUGUGUGUGUGUGUGUGUGUGUGUUCAGUUGAGUGAAUAAAUGUCAUCCUCUUCUCCAUCUUCAUUUCCUUGGCCUUUUUGUUCUAUUCCAUUUUGCAUUAUGGCAGGCCUAGGGUGAGUAACGUGGAUCUUGAUCAUAAAUGCAAAAUUAAAAAAUAUCUUGACCUGGUUUUAAAUCUGGCAGUUUGAGCAGAUCCUAUGGCUCUGAGAGACACAUUCCUCAUAAUGGCCAGCAUUUUGGGCUACAAGGUUUUGUGGUUGAUGAUGAGGAUGGCAUGACUGCAGAGCCAUCCUCAUCUCAUUUUUUCACGUCAUUUUCAGUAACUUUCACUCAUUCAAAGGCAGGUUAUAAGUAAGUCCUGGUAUCAGCCUCUAUGGGGAGAUUUGAGAGUGACUAAAUCUUGGUAUCUGCCCUCAAGAACUUACAGUUAAAUGGGGAGACAAUGUUGUCAUGAAAAGGUAUUAUAGUAAGGAGAGAAGGAGACAUACACAGGCCUUCAGGAAGAGACGACAGUUUGGGGUGAGGUAGUUGGCAUAGGCUUAUCUGUGAUGAAGUGGCCUGGGAGCACCAAGGGGAUGUUGAGGCUAGUCUGGGAGGAGCAGGAGUUUUGUCUAGGGAACUUGUAGGAACUUCUUGGAACUGAAAGUCCCACAAAGAAGGCCCUGGCACCAAGGGAGUCAGCAAACUUCAGAUUUUAUUCUCUGGGCAGGCAUUUCAAAUUUCCUUUUGCUGUGACAUACUCAUCCAUUAGACAGCCUGAUACAGGCCUGUAGCCUCUUCCGGCCGUGUGUGCUGGGGAAGCCCCAGGAAACGCACAUGCCCACACAGGGAGCCAAGUCGUAGCAUCUGGGCCUUGAUCUACCUUUUCUGCAUCAAUACACUCUUGAGCCUUUGAAAAAAGAACGUUUCCCACUAAAAAGAAAAUGUGGAUUUUUAAAAUAGGGACUCUUCCUAGGGGAAAAAGGGGGGCUGGGAGUGAUAGAGGGUUUAAAAAAUAAACACCUUCAAACUAACUUCUUCGAACCCUUUUAUUCACUCCCUGACGUCUUUGUGCUGGGGUUGGGGUAACUGAACUGCUUAUUUGUGUUUAAUUGCAUUCAGGCUGGAUCUUAGAAGACUUUUAUCCUUCCACCAUCUCUCUCAGAGGAAUGAGCGGGGAGGUUGGAUUUACUGGUGACUGAUUUUCUUUCAUGGGCCAAGGAACUGAAAGAGAAUGUGAAGCAAGGUUGUGUCUUGCCCAUGGUUAAAAAUAAAGCAUUGCCCUACUUCCUAAGACUUAGACUGGGGUUGACAAUUGUUUUAGCAACAAGACAAUUCAACUAUUUCUCCUAGGAUUUUUAUUAUUAUUAUUUUUUCACUUUUCUACCAAAUGGGUUACAUAGUUAGGAAGAAUGAACUGAAAUCUGUCCAGAGCUCCAAGUCCUUUGGAAGAAAGAUUAGAUGAAUGUAAAAAUGUUGUUGUUUGCUGUGGCAGUUUACAGCAUUUUUCUUGCAAAAUUAGUGCAAAUCUGUUGGAAAUAGAACACAAUUCACAAAUUGGAAGUGAACUAAAAUGUAAUGACGAAAAGGGAGUAGUGUUUUGAUUUGGAGGAGGUGUAUAUUCGGCAGAGGUUGGACUGAGAGUUGGGUGUUAUUUAACAUAAUUAUGGUAAUUGGGAAACAUUUAUAAACACUAUUGGGAUGGUGAUAAAAUACAAAAGGGCCUAUAGAUGUUAGAAAUGGGUCAGGUUACUGAAAUGGGAUUCAAUUUGAAAAGAAUUUUUUUAAAUAGAACUCACUGAACUAGAUUCUCCUCUGAGAACCAGAGAAGACCAUCUCAUAGUUGGAUUCCUGGAGACAUGCGCUAUCCACCACGUAGCCACUUUCCACAUGUGGCCAUCAACCACUUAAGAUGGGGUUAGUUUAAAUCAAGAUGUGCUGUUAUAAUUGGUAUAAGUACAAAAUCACACUAGAUUCUGGAGAUUUAAUAUGAAUAAUAAGAAUACUAUUUCAGUAGUUUUGGUAUAUUGUGUGUCAAAAAUGAUAAUAUUUUGGAUGUAUUGGGUGAAAUAAAAUAUUAACAUUA